AGCAGCAGCAACAACAACAACAGCAGCAGCAGCCACCUCCCUCACAGCAGCAGCAGCUGAGGCAAGGCAGUUCCAGCACAGUCUGCACGCAGACCAGACAGACCAACUCCCAGCACUUUGAGCAGCUCCAGCAGGAGCAGAGGCUAGACACGGCUGAGGGAGACCAGGACCUCCGUGGGGCUCUGGAGAUCCAGGACCAGACUCCAGUCUCACAGCCCCAGCCAGGAGAGCCUCCGGGGGGCCCCGGCCAUGCUGAAUGCCCUGCUGGACCCAGGAGCCGACAGUCACGGGGAAUGCAGGAGGCACUGGGGCGCCGCUCCAGGUCCCUGUCCCCGGGGAGCAGCAGCCGAGCGGCAGCAGAGGGGGAGGCCACCAUCCAGAGGCUGCAGGAGCUGCUGGCACUCAAGACAGAAGAGAACGAGGUGCUGAGGAAGGCCCAUGAGAAGCGUCAGGAACGUCUGCGUCUGAUUCAGGCCAGCUACAAGACCCUACGGGAGCAGCUGAGGGUGGCGGAGGAGGCCCAGGGGGUCCAGGGCAAAGGCCGACUGAAGAGCGCUCGUGCGGAGCCCUGGCAGCUACGUCAGGAGAACAGUGACGGCGUGUGGAACGAGCUGGCCUUCUUCAGGCGACAGAACAAGAAGCUCAUCGCUGAGAAAGCCAACCUGGAGGAGGAGCUGGAUGUGAUGCGGGUUCAGGCUGCCAUGGAUCGCACCACCACGCAGGAGCUGCGCUUGUGCUUGGAGAAGGAGCACCAAGAGCUGCUGCAGAGAGUGGUCAAGCAGGAAAGUGAUGUCGUCAGCAGCAGCAGCAGCAGCAGCAGCAGCAAGCCCAGCGCUCACCGGGCCCACGAGGCCCUCCUCAGGAUUGAGCUCCUGGAGAGGAAGAUGGUGUCUCUGGAGGAGGAGACCCAGCGCUUACACCAGGACAACCAGGAGCUCCAGGAGGCCAACGCCGGCCUGGCCAAGGACCGGGAUGACCUGCAGGCCGCCCUCCAUCGCUUCCGCAGCCUAUGGGCCGCGCAGGGGAAGGCCUCCCAGGCCAAAGCUGCUGGCGAGCUGGAGAGGCAGCUAGGCGAGGCCCAGGCUCUGCGGGCGGAGGAGGAGGCCUCCAGGCGGGAGGCGGAGGUGGCUGGCCGAGAGGCGUCCCAGGCCAGGCAGAGAGCGCUGCGGCUCAGGCAGGAGCUGGGUGUGGUGAGGGCCGAGCGGGACUUCCUCCGUGGAGCCGCCACCCGACGCAGAGCCAAGGGCCCCGUGGCCCCCAUCGGCAAGAUCAAAGUCAGGAGCGCGUGGAGCCGAGUUCCCCCGUACCAGCACAGAAACCGCCCCCACCCACCCGCCACCAGGGGACGGCCAGAGAGGAGGAGAGAGAGCCCGACCAGAGACGGAUGGGAGGACCUGAGCGCAGACAGUGGCAGUGAGGAAGAGGAGGAGGAGUACUCUGACAGCCUGGACAACCCACCGCUCGUGAAAUCCCUCCACAAGAAGACCACUCACAGGGUGUACAGGUGCGGUAGCGGCGGUGGUGGUGACGGCGCGUCCCUGGCAGGCCUGCCUGCGGAGGAGCUCAGCCAGGUGGAGCCCCAGUUUCAGCGCGGGCACCAGUGGCGUGCGAGGAAGAGGAGGAUGCGGCUGAAGGGUGCAUUUGCGGAUACGCGUCAGGGUGUGCUCUCCCUCCAGCAGCAGAUCCAGGCUCUGCAGCACGACCGCAGGGAGGCUCUCCAACAGGCCCGCCAGCACAGCGACACCUGCCACCAGCUCCGCGGCCAGCUCCUGACCACCACCCAGAGACUGGCCAGCAGCAAGCAGCUCACGCAGAAGCUGAGCACUGAGCUAACUGGCGUGGAGCAGCAAAAGAAGGUUCUAGAGAUGGAGCUGGAGCAGUGGAGGCGUGUGCAGGUCCAGCUCCCGCCGCCAGCCCCAGCAGCACCCCUCCUCCCCGCCGCGGAGCCCAGCAGCCCGGCCCUCAAGCAGCUGGAGGCAGAGCUCAAGCAGCUCCAGACCAAACUCAAGAACGGCAGUAAUGAGGUCACCAAGCACGCGGCGGCCAGCAGGAGCCUGAGAGGCGAGCUGCAGGAGAAGGAACGGCGCCUCCGAGAGCUGCAGGAGAAGCUGAGUCACGCUGAGAGGGAUGUGGUGAUGAAGAAGCAUCUGGUCGAGGACAUGAGGACCAGGCUGAGGUUCUUCCAGGAGACGGACAAGAGCCUGAAGGGCCAGCUGGAGGAGCAGGAGAAAAAGGUGAAGAGCUUAUCUGAGGAGGCCUCCAACAGGAAGGCGUUCGUUGAGUCCCUCAAGCGGAGGCUGAGUGUGGCCACCACAGAGAAGAGCCAGCAUGAAGCCACCAGCCUCAAGCUCCAGGAGGACCUGCAGAAAAAGGAGCAGAAGCUGCAGUCCCUGCAGGCGCGUGUGGGGGAGGGUGAGAAGGCCAUGGCGGAGCUGGAGGACACAGCCUCCAGGCAGAUGCACGGCCUGGCCCAGAAGAGCACCAAGGCCCUGGAGAGCGCCCAGAGCAAGCUAAAUCUGGCCGAUGCCCAGCUGCAGCAGCUGCACACCUUCAUCCAGGCGCUGGCUCGUGAGGUGGAGCGAGAGGCGCAGACCGUGAUGGUGGAGGUGAGGAAGAGGAGGAGGCAGAGGAAGGCCUCCAGCGAGCGGGAUGGCCGCCUGUCCAAAAGCUCCAUGGUGCGGGCGCAGUCCAUCGCCGCCUCCAUCCUAAACAUGAGCGAGAGCGACCUGGCCGCCAUGCUGGACACAGAUGAGGAAGCGGAGGAUGGCGGUCGAGAGCAGGACUGGCUGCAGUGCAUGCUGAAACUCCUCCAGCAGCAGAUCCCCUCUGCAGAGCUGCUGAUGGACGCCAUGCUGGUGAAGAUGAAGGAGAGGAAAGUGCUGACGGAGGAACUGGCCACGCUUGGAGCAGCAGUCAGCGAAAAAGCCUGACCGCAGGAGAGGGGGAGAAGGGGAGAGAGAGAGAGUCUGUCAUCUUCCUCCUCAAACGUUGGGAGUGCCCAGCAUCGCAGUGGGAGCCCCAUUUGGCUGCCCCAGCCAGGGCUGAAGAAGUGUUUUGAAGAACCCUUCAACCUCUCCAUCUCUCUCUCUCUCCCUCCUUCUUUCUUUUUUUUUAUAGGAGAGGGCCACUGCUAGCCUGACGUUAACAGCCCUCAAUCCGCUCCUUGUCCGUGCACUCUGCGUGUCGUGUGAAGUGUGUGUGUGUGUGUGUGUGUGUGUGUGUGUGUGUGUGUGUGUGUGUGUGUGUGUGUGUGUGUGUGUGUGUGUGUGUGUGUGUGUGUCUCAGCUGGGGCUCUGGGGCUGUUGUUCCUCUGAUGCCAAAGAGGAGCUGUGCAGCUGUUGGGACGGCCUCACCAACGCUCAGGGUUCCCACAUCCACUGAAGAGGCUACAGUGGAAACUGCACUCUCCACAGAUCGCCUUAUAUGGGCCAGCCCAGCCAUUAGGUCGGGCCAGUGUGUUUUGAAUGAUAAACGGCCCUUCACACGCAGACUGUGUGAGAAAUCAUGCCCCCCUACGUGCUAGCAACACCUUGUCAAUAGAGUUGAUUGUUUCUUUGUAAUUUUUAACUUAUUCCAUGUUGAUCUAGAUUUUUUUAAUUAAAAGUGUUUUUGUUAAUUA